AGAACAAAAUUAGGGAAGAACACAGCACUAAAUCUCCGAAUCCAAUCCAAAAUCAAGUACAGUAAAGAAAAUCAACCUAAAAACCAAAAACCUCACAUCUUGUGCAUCCAAAAAUUAAAAUCCCGGAACUGAGUUUCCCCAAAAGGAGACAUUCUUCUUCUUCUUCUUCUUCUUCUUCUUCUUCUUCUUGCCAUUGAUUAUAUUAUUAUGAGACCCAAAAGGUUCCUAUCUCUGCCAGUGUUGGCCGUAUUGUUGUUGAUGAUGUUUGUGUAUUACACAACAAUCUUCGUCUUCAUUGAUGGCUCCUUUGAUCUUCAGAGCUCCAAUGGAACCUUCAAUGCCGCCAUAUUCACUAUUUUAGCCUCAUUCGCCGUCUUCUCUUUCUUUGUAUGCGUUCUCUCAGACCCUGGUCACGUCCCUUCCUCCUAUGUACCUGAUGUUGAAGGCCAGGGUUCCGCCAAAGAUAAUGCAGAGCGGAAAAAAUGUGACAAGUGCUACGGAUACAAGCCUCCAAGGACUCAUCAUUGUCGAGUCUGCAAAAAAUGUGUUCUGAAAAUGGAUCAUCACUGCUUGUGGAUAAAUAACUGUGUUGGUUAUUGGAAUUACAAGCCUUUCUUUGUUUUUACAUCAUAUGCUACCUUGGCGAGUAUUCAUUCCAUGAUCCUAUUUAUAUGCUCUGUAUUUCUGAUGGAUAUAGGGAGCUCUUCUAAAGUGUUUUAUGUUAUGUAUGGGACAAUGGCAAUCGGGUUGACCACAACCCUGUUGACUCUUUUUGGAUGGCAUGUGUACCUCAUCCUUCAUAAUAUGACAACAAUAGAGUAUUACGAAGGAAAACGUGCAAAAUGGCUAGCUAUGAAAUCUGGGCAGAGCUACCGGCAUCCAUUCAACAUCAGCCCAUACAAAAACAUCACUUCGGUUUUAGGUCCAAACAUGCUGAAGUGGUUAUGUCCCACCGCGGUAAGCCAUCUGAAAGAGGGAGUUAGCUUCCCCACAUUGCGCGAUAGUUCUUAAACCUUUCUGAUGUGACCAUUCGGCCUUGUCCGAAUCACAAUUGACAUGAGGAACAAAGACCUUCCCCAAAAUCUGAUGAUACACAUACAAAAAUGAUUCUUUAGGCAAGCUUUCAAAAGUAAGCUUACACGAUACAUUAAAUAGAUAUCCUUAGAAAAAAUGAUUGAAUGCUAGUCAUUUUACCAUUUAGGCUCCAUAAUAGAUUGUUAAAA